AUCGCUACGUUCAAUCAAACUACAAGGCGAAUAUGUAUUUUGGGGCUGCUUCUAUCCUUUGGGUGGUCCUUUUGUCCCCAAGUUUUUCUGGAACCUACGGCAUUUCAACCAGGAUACAAGUUCAUCCAAUAAACACAAGCUUUGAUCCGGGAGACAACCUCACCUUGACUUGCCUAACAGGGCAAAAAGGCCUCGGUGACGUAAUCGAUUGGUACAAAGAUGGUCAACCAAUCAACAAUAGUGUGUUUUCGAAUUCUUCCCGCUGGACAGAAAUUUCCCUGAUAAACAUUACCAAGAAGGACGCAGGGAAGUAUGAAUGCGCAGUCAGGAAAAAUGACGAAUAUGACAAGGGUGUCUUCCAACUUCACUUAAACUCUGCCCCCAGAAUACUACCGUUGCCAAAGGUUGUGGAAAUCGAGGAGGGGAGUGAGAGACUGAUCCCGUGCGGAGCUGAAGGGUGGCCGACACCUACCAUCAAAUGGAAACGAGAUACACAGGAAAUAUCAGAGAGCGACGAUUUCAGUUUACGGAAAGAUCCGAAUGAAAACAGAGUGGCGUUGAAGAUCAAGUCAGCUGAAAUUCGUCUCCAGGGGAACUACACGUGUGAGGCUAUGAACGCAUUUGGUAAAGCAAGUCAAACCGUAACGGUCGAUAUUGAAGAAUCCUCACCGCUGCAAGUUCCUGAGAUCAUACCUCAUCCUCGCUACAAGAUUACCACCAAAGGUUCAAAUGUCACUUUAACGUGUGACGUCUUGUAUGUUAGCUGGUUCUUAUCUGAUCACUACUGGUUAUUCAACGGAACGGUAUUUUAUCCAAGUCAAGAACCGAGCCGUUAUAGAGAAGACACAGUUCAAUUUCACUACAACUUUACAAUGGUGCUUCACAUUCUAAAUGUUUCUGAAAAAGAUGAAGGGCGGUACGAAUGUGAAGUAUUUAAUUUGGAGCAAAAAGCCAUAAGCCCUAAAAUGACCGUAAUUGUUGAUGUAAAAGAUAACGUCCAAAACAUUUCGACCAAAUGGGAAACAACGUAUGCGGCUCUCAACACCCAGGUACAACUCAAAUGCACAUCGAUGUACAAAGCUUUCUUAGAGGUGGCAACGUUUUGGAUGUUUCAAGGCAACAAAUUGAACCAAUCAGAUCCACGCUACAAAACAUACACGCUCGGGGUUGAAAGCUCGGAGGCGAGACGGAAAAGCGAAGAGAUGAUCCUGGUUAUCAGCAAUGUGUCUGAAUCUGAUUUUGGUACAUACACUUGUGCAUUGAGUAGUUCCUUCGGAAUGUCUACGGAGAAGAUAGCCCUAGAGGAAGCAAAACACGAAAUUGAGUUUACACCAUCCGAUGACAGCUCUUCCUCUAUGUGGAUUAUUCUCUUCCCCGUUGUUGCUGGGGGAAUUCUCUUGGCUUUGAUUGCACUGGUUUCCCUUCGAAGGAUGAUAAAGAAAAGGCAAGAGUGGAAACAGCAAGGCAAAACUUGUGACGGAAAGUUCAAAUACGAUGUUUUCGUGACAUUCAGCAACAAGGACCGUCAUUGGGUGGCUAGCAACAUAAUUCCCCUCUUGGAGGGGAACCAAGUCAAAUACUGCAUCCACAGUAGGGACUUUGAACUGGGAAGGCCUCUGACGGACAACAUGGCGGAGAGUGUCUACUCCAGUCGCAAGGUACUGGCGGUGAUGUCCAAGAACUACUUGGACAGUAAGUUUUGCAAGGGAGAACUAGAAAUGGCGCUGUAUCGAAGUAAAAUUGCACAUGAAGGUUCUUUGUUGGUCGUCAGAAUUGACGGAAUAAGGAAAAAGAAACUGCCGAAAGCAUUACGAGAACAGAUAUUUGUGGAUUAUCACAGUGAUAAGAACCGUGGCAGUUGGGAAAAAAGGCUACUGCGAUUUCUUGUUGAAAGUGAGCUCAAUCAAAAUCGAUACAUCACUAAACUAUGAGGCUUUUAUUUUACCGUUUCGAUCCCGAGCACAGACACGAAGUUUUGUAAGUCGAUGAUUAUUAUGACAUUAAGCUGCCGUACAGUACAUUUUUCACCCAUCAUUAGCACGUGCUGUAGAGUACAUUAACACGUGCUGUAGAGUACAUUAGCACGUGCUGUAGAGUACAUUAGCACGUGCUGUAGAGUACGUGCUGUACCGUACAUUUUUCACCCAUCAUUAGCACGUGCUGUAGUUUUUGUUAACAGGCGGCACUUAGUGGUUGAUAGAGGAUCAGCAAAAGACUCGAGAGAAUUUUAUGUCGAUAAAAUAGAUUUUAUUUGGUAUUCUGGUUUUGAAUAUAAUCAAAAUUGUAGAUUUGUGUUACUUUACAAUAGAAGAGGAUACGAAAUUGUUUGACUUCUUGCGAAUAUCAAAAGCUAGUCCGUCGUAAAUUCAUGUAUUUCAAAUAGGUUCUCGCAAAUUAAUAAUUGCUAACCAAGAAUAAACUUUCGAACAUUUGAAAAAAUAUGUCUCUCUCUUUAAAUAGAAGAUGGCACAAUGGCUUUGUUUUGUAAUUUUAGGAAAUUAUGCUUCUAAACCUCACCACCAAAACUGAUAUAAAACUGUCAAGUUGUAAUUUAUCAUAAAAAGCACUAUUUCAAUAAUUUGUUAUUUUACAGACAUUGAUGAAAUAUCAACAUUUCUCCUCUUCUCGAAAACAUGACACCUCCCCGCGCAAGGAUCGCUAUCGUAUACCUUUACUUAGGAAGACAGCAAUGUCUUCGAGUAGUAAAGUUCAUCUACAUGGCGGUUUCAUGAUGUGAAAUUUCUCUCCUCGCGUUCAACUCGAUAUCAAGUUGAAUACUCAAUGAGAAAUUCCACAUCUACACGCGUCCGUGUAUUAUUCCCUAUUUAAUUUCAUUUCAGAAGAUGAAGUAGCUUUUUUGCGAGCUAAGUAAACGUCCAGGUGAUAUCUACAUUUACUGCUAUUUAAAACGUUUUAAAAAAUUGUCUGUGAUUCAGAUGAUAUUUAUAUAAAUUAAACAGAUCAUUGCAUUUCCACUUUUGGAUACAAAUUCAUCUUCUUGUGCUGAUAAACUAAAUUCGUAUCCGCGCGCAGCCAUGUGAUAUCCUCCAUAUAAUUUAAACAAAUUUACAUUAUUAUUGAGAAAUAUUUCCAGGUAUUUAAAAAGGCUUUGUCGAUGUUCAUAUAAUUUCGAUACAUAAUAUAUCUUAUUAACCAAGCGCAAGGGCUGGGAGAAUAUUGGCCCGAGGUCUUGACAGAACGGACCGAGCG